UCUCUAUUACCUCCAUAUAACAUAUAACACCACCUUCCUCUUCAAAAAAAUUUUAAAUAAAAAUACAAAAAAUAAACACCCAAAAGAAAGGGGAAAAAAAAAAUGUCCUCCAAUUCCAUCUUCCUCCUAAAACCUUCAUUCCAAUUCUCAACCCAACACCAUCAUCGUCACCACCACCACCACCUCCUCCUUCUAAAACCCAAAACACCAUUUUCAAAACCCAUAUUUUCUCCAUAUUACCCAAAAUACCCUCCACCACUUUCCUCUACUAGAAUCCACAGCUCCACCACCCCCAUAACCAAAAACUCUUCAAACACCAAAAAGAACGAAACUUUACGAUUCCUGCAACCUUUUCUCAUCUCAAACCGCAAACCCAUUAUCUUGGGUUGGCUCUGCAGCGCCAUCUCAGUUUUCUCCCUCUCCCAGCUCGUCUCUAGACUCGGAAAAUUCAGCAACGCCGCCAUUGAUGGACCUCAAUUGAGAAGUCAAGGUCUCAUCUUGUUGUGUCUUGUGGCUGCCCGUUUGGUCUCCGGGUACGGGCAGCAUGCCCUUCUUUGGGACGCUGCCCUUAAGACAGUGUACGAGGUUCGUGUCCAUGUCUUUGACCGUGUCCUUGAGAGAGAGCUUGGUUACUUCGAAGGAAGAGAAGGCGGUGCUUCAGCUGGGGACAUUGCUUAUAGGAUCACUGCUGAAGCUUCUGAUGUUGCUGACACUGUUUAUUCUGUUCUUAAUACCAUAGUACCUAGCACUCUCCAGUUAUCGGCGAUGAUGGCUCAGAUGAUAGUUAUAAGUCCAGUCCUUUCUUUGAUUUCAUUCACGGUCAUUCCUUGCAUGUCGCUUUUUGUUGCUUAUCUUGGUCAAGAACUUCGAAAGAUAUCUAGAGAGGCACAUCUUAGCAUUGCUGCUCUCUCAGCAUAUCUAAACGAGAUGCUUCCUGCGGUUUUCUUUGUGAAAGCAAACAACGCGGAGUUGUGUGAGAGUGCCAGGUUUAAGAGGCUGGCUCAGAUAGACUAUCAUGCAAAAUUGAACAAGAGGAGGAUGAAAGCAGCUAUUCCUCAGGUCAUACAAGCUAUUUACUAUGGAACUCUCUCCAUACUAUGCGCUGGUUCGCUGUUGAUUUCAAGAGGUUCAUUUGAUGGCCACAGCUUCAUUUCCUUUGUGACAUCAUUGCUUUUCUCUAUUGAACCAAUCCAGGAUGUGGGAAAAGCUUACAAUGAAUGGAGGCAGGGAGAACCGGCCGUUGAACGCUUGCAUGAUAUGACCAAGUUUAAAGAUAAGGUGGUUGAGAAACCAGAUGCUGUUGAGUUAGGCCAUAUUAUGGGAGAGCUGAAAUUUCGUGAUGUCUCCUUUAAAUAUAAUGAUGACAUGCCACAUGUUUUGAAUGGGUUGAAUCUUAACAUUAGAGCCGGAGAGAUAGUCGCUCUUGUCGGUCCUUCCGGUGGCGGGAAAACAACACUUGUAAAACUAUUGCUUCGGCUUUAUAACCCUGUGUCCGGCUCUAUUCUAAUUGAUAACCAUAACAUUGAAAACAUUCGGUUGCGAAGUUUGAGAAAACAUGUUGGUCUUGUUUCUCAAGAUAUAACACUUUUUUCAGGUACAAUUGCUGAAAACAUUGGUUAUAGGGACCUAACAACAAAAAUUGACAUGGAGAGGGUAAAGCAUGUAGCUCAAACUGCUCAUGCAGAUGAGUUUAUAAGAAAACUUCCUGAAGGAUACGAAACCAAUAUUGGACCGAGGGGCUCUACCUUAAGUGGCGGGCAGCGGCAAAGGCUGGCUAUUGCAAGGGCGCUCUAUCAAGAUCCGUCUAUUUUGAUUCUGGAUGAAGCAACUUCAGCUUUAGAUAGUAAAUCCGAAUUAUUGGUUAGAAAAGCCGUCGAGCACUUGAUGGAAAAUCGCACGGUGCUUGUGAUAGCUCAUCGGUUGGAAACAGUUAUGAUGGCUAAAAGAGUAUUCCUCAUGGAUAAUGGGAAGCUACAAGAAGUUCCAAGAUCAACUAUGUUCAAUGGUCACAAGGAUUCAUUGUUAUCAUCUGGCCUUGUUAUUUGAAUAUUCUUUUGCUAGGUUUUAGUGUCACAAUAAUGGACCCUACUUGAAUACUUCUUGUAAGGGUGAUGUAUAGACACAUAGUUUACUUUUCUUUUUAACUUUUGGGGGAGGUUAGGGGAAAAUCUUGUACAUCCUUCUGUAAUCACAAAUUACUUUGAUUUAAAUGAUAUAGAGAAAUAUAUUAUUUAUACAAUCAUUAAACAUUGUCUAUAUUAGAUA